AUGGAGUCGGGAGGCCCUCCCUGCAGGUGCUGCGCGAGGCCGGUGGGUGUCUCGUCCGUGUGCGGUGUGGCCUUCUCGGCUUGCCCCGGGUGUGAUUAUUCUCUCUGCCCGACAUGCUUGGAGGACGAGCUCAGAGGGGGACGGGAGAUCUGCCCGAGGUGCAACACACCUUAUUGUGAGUAUCUGGUAUCCCUUGUGAUUACUUUUCGUGGUGAAAAUUCUUCAGCCGUACCACCUAAACGAAACUUGUGCUAUCCAGACAAUUCUUCGGAGAAUCACGAGGUACCGGGCGAGAGGUUGACCAUGGGUUCUCAUCUCGACGAUUAUCUGGUACAGGAUGGAUUGGAUGGAUGGUUUUUAUUGAAUAAUAUUGUUUUUAGCUAAUCAUCGGCCUGUUGUUCGGGAGAUUAACCAUCCCUCGUCAUGUUUCUUCUCUGUACAGGGUGAUGGAGCUCAUGUCAGGAGUUCAAGCAGCCUCUCUGAGGUGGAAAGUGGUAACGCUCGCAGGUUUCCAAACUUUCUUCUUGAGGAUUCAUCAUUUGCCAUAAAAUAAUGACGAUCUAUGUGCUUCUAAAGAGACAGAUGGCGGAUCUGGAAACCCACUUUGGAAGAACAGAGUGGAGGGUUGGAGAGAAAAGAAAAAUAAAAAGAAGAAUAACGGAAGUAAUUAUAAAAAGGAAACUCAAGCUCCAUCAGAACAGCAGAUUGUGGACAGCCAGUAAGCAUCUUAUUGAGGCAAAUCAUUCAAUUUUUCUACAUUGUUAGACUUCCAAACUUAUGGAAGAAAUUUGUGUUCAAGAUAUACGGAUUUCAAAAAGAUUUAUUUUGCUAACUUCAUUCAUCGCAGUAUGCUUAGAUUUGUGAAUAUGAAAGACAUUUUUUCAUCAUCUUUAAAAAUCUCUGUCUCGUCCCUUACAUUAAAUUAUCAUGUCUUAUGUUGAUAUGUGCAAAGGUAUGCGACGGUUUCAGUUUCCUCUCUCCAUAUUUAAUUAUUUUCAUCACCCCAUUCCUAAAACAGUAUAAUUAUCUGUCUCAAAUCUACAAUGCUCUCGAUUUCCACUGUAUAUUUUCACUAUCUGCGAUCUUUUUUAUGGUAUUGUGUUGUUUCAAGGUCAGCAGAAGAUGGAGAGCCACUUUCUAGAGCUGUUCCCAUUUCUAGAAACAAGCUCACAGCGUACAGGGCGAUGAUCAUUGUGAGAUUGGUAGUCCUCCUCCUCUUCUUUAACUACAGAAUUACGCACCCUGUUGACAGUUCUUACGGUCUAUGGCUGACAUCUGUAAUCUGCGAGAUUUGGUUUGCCAUAUCUUGGGUUCUAGACCAGUUUCCCAAAUGGUCUCCUAUAACGAGAGAAGCAUACAUUGAGAGGCUGUCCUCAAGGUACGCCUCUAAAAUUUCUGGUCAAUGAAAACUUUCGAUUAAAUCCUUCGAUGUCAGGCUUCUAUUUAUCGACCUUAAAUUUAUUCUACGUGAUGUGUUCUUCCUGAAUAUCUGAAUUCAUUAUGGAAAAGUAUCCGAUUACUCUUUGACCCGUUGACGAUAUAAGAUAAUGCUUUUAGAAAAUGAAUUGUCAACGCAAAUCGUCAACAAGAUACUAUGAAAAAAUAUGUUUUAUUCUCAAGGGCCCGUAUUUAUCUAUUUUAUGUAUGUUCUUAUUCCAGAUAUGAGAAAGAAGGUGAAGCCAGUGAGCUGGCUGCUGUGGAUUUCUUCGUGAGCACUGUGGACCCACUAAAGGAGCCGCCACUGAUCACCGCAAAUACUGUGCUUUCAAUUCUCUCUGUGGAUUAUCCUGUCGAGAAGGUAUCUUGCUACGUUUCUGAUGACGGGUCCGCCAUGCUCACCUUCGAAACCCUCUCCGAGACAGCAGAGUUUGCAAGAAAGUGGGUCCCAUUCUGCAAGAAAUACUCGAUCGAGCCGCGGGCCCCGGAAUUUUACUUCUUGCAGAAGAUCGACUACUUGAAGGACAAAGUCCACCCCUCUUUCGUCAAAGAACGAAGAGCCAUGAAGGUGACCGCAACCUCAGGCCCACCCACGUUUUCUUACUCUGAUUCUCGCAAACGCCUUUGACAGCCAGAAGAACCCUCACUGAUGAUCUCCAUCUCACUGUUACAGAGAGAUUACGAAGAGUAUAAGGUGAGGAUAAACGCUUUGGUAGCCAAAGCUCAGAAGACCCCAGAUGAAGGCUGGAUGAUGCCAGACGGAACGCCCUGGCCGGGGAACAACCCCCGCGAUCACCCUGGAAUGAUUCAGGUUCCCCGUCAUAACCCGUGGGAAUGUCAUCUCUUUCCGCGCCAAGUUCUUAGUCUGUGAUCUUCUUCAGGUUUUUCUCGGGCACAGCGGGGCUCAUGACAUCGAAGGAAAGGAGCUUCCGCGGCUGGUUUAUGUCUCAAGGGAGAAGAGACCUGGCUAUCAGCACCACAAGAAGGCCGGCGCGAUGAAUGCUCUGGUUAGGCACCCCUGCGUUCUUCCUGAUUGUUCUCGUCACGAUCGAAAAGGGUUGAUUUAAUCUUAUUUUUAUCUUCUUGAGCUUGGAGUUAUGGAAUGUCUGCGGGGUGAUGCAGGUCCGAGUCUCGGCCGUCCUUACGAACGCUCCGUACAUUCUCAACCUCGACUGCGAUCACUAUGUCAACAACAGUAAGGCCGUCCGAGAGGCUAUGUGCUUCAUGAUGGAUCCAACAGUGGGCGCUGACAUCUGCUACGUCCAGUUCCCCCAGAGAUUCGAUGGCAUUGACCGUAGCGACCGAUAUGCGAACCGCAACGUGGUGUUCUUUGAUGUCAGCUGCUGAACCUUGGAGAAAACAGAAAUAAAAAAUAAAAAUGGAGAGAUUGAGAACGAGGCCCUCGUGUUCUUACUCACACUUCUUCGUUUGCUGAUGAUCGCAGGUCAACAUGAAAGGUCUCGACGGCAUUCAGGGCCCCGUCUAUGUGGGAACGGGGUGCGUCUUCUUCCGGCAGGCUCUCUACGGGUACGGGCCGCCGCCGCCGCCGUCGGCCCUCUCCGCCGCUUCUUCCCGCAGCUGCUGCCGCCUCUGGUGUCGACCCCCUAAGAAAGACCCCAGAGAUCAGAAAGAGAUUUACAGAGAUUCGCUGCGGGAAGAUCUCAGCUCUGCGAUCUUCAACCUCAGGGAAAUCGACAGUAAGCUCCUCCACUCCAUCUUCCUCACAAUCUCGGGGGAGAGUUGACACUGCUGAAACCCAGAGCCCGUGCAGACUACGACGAGCACGAGCGGUCGCUGCUCAUCUCCCGGCUGAGCUUCGAGAAGACCUUCGGGCUUUCCCCGGCGUUCAUAGAAUCGACGCUGAUGGAGGCCGGCGGAGUCGCCGAGAGCGUUGACCCAUCGACCCUGAUCAGGGAAGCCAUUCACGUCAUCAGCUGCGGGUACGAGGCGAAGACCGAAUGGGGCAAGGAGGUACCACGGCGAGAGACGUCCUUCUCUUUUCUUCCUGGUUCUAAAAAACCCUAUUUUUACAGAGGAAGAAGAAGCUGAAAAAUGCCUGGAAACACUGGUUCUGUUCUCAGAUCGGCUGGAUAUACGGGUCCGUCACAGAGGAUAUUCUGACGGGGUUCAAGAUGCACUGCCGGGGCUGGAGAUCGAUCUACUGCAUGCCGGCGAGGCCGGCCUUCAAGGGCUCGGCCCCCAUUAACCUCUCCGACCGGCUGCACCAGGUGCUGCGCUGGGCGCUCGGUUCCGUGGAGAUCUUCCUCAGCCGGCACUGUCCUCUCUGGUACGGCUUCGCCGGAGGCCGCCUCCGGUGGCUCCAGCGGGUGGCCUACAUCAGCACCGUCGUCUACCCCUUCACCUCUCUCCCGCUCGUCGCCUACUGCGCCCUGCCAGCCAUCUGCCUCCUCACCGGCAAGUUCAUCAUCCCCACGGUAACCCAAAAAAAAACUCUCAUGUCAUCUCUCUGGUUCAUCAUUCCGACGAGCUAAUUCCUCUGCUUGUUGCAGCUGUCGAACUUGGCGGGCGUCUGGUUUCUAGGGUUGUUCGUCUCGAUCGUCAUGACCACCGUGCUGGAGCUGCGGUGGAGCGGGGUGGGAAUCGAGGACUGGUGGCGGAACGAACAGUUCUGGGUGAUCGGCGGCGUCUCGGCGCACCUCUUCGCGGUCUUCCAGGGCCUGCUCAAGGUCCUAGCAGGAGUCGACACCAGCUUCACCGUCACGGCGAAGGCCGCCGCCGGCGACGGCGGCAGCGAGUUGGGAGAGCUCUACGCCGUGAAGUGGACGACCCUGCUGGUCCCGCCGACGACCCUGCUGGUGGUGAACCUAGUGGGAGUGGCGGCGGGAUUCUCCGGCGCCGUCAACGGUGGGUACGAAGCGUGGGGGCCGCUACUGGGGAAGAUGUUCUUCGCCAUGUGGGUGGUGGUGCAUCUGUACCCAUUCCUCAAGGGGCUGCUGGGGCGGCAGAACAGGAUUCCGACGGUGGUGGUGCUCUGGUCUCUGCUGCUGGCCUCCCUCCUCUCGGUCCUCUGGGUGAAGCUAGACGCCUUCCUUGCCCAGAGGGACCCUUCGGCUGCUGCGCAGAGCUGCAUCUCCUUCGACUGCUGA